UAAUAUUUCUCAAGGUGAGUAAUCUCUUCUUACUUCCUCUGCCUCUCUUUUUCUCUUCUUCUCUCCCUCAUUCCAUUCAAUACCUUCAACCAGAGAGUCUCACUAUAACAAAAACCCUUUCUUUUCUUAAACAGAGCUUGUUUAUCUGACCCUUUGAGUCUCUCUCUUUAUUUCUUUAUUUAUUUUUGUUUAGUUUCCUCUCUGAAACUUUCAUUCUCUCACUUUCUUUGAAAACUCUCUGACUCUGCUGCCAUGGCAGUGGCAGAGCUAUCACCUUCUUACACAAAAGCCCAUUUUCACUCAUCCCAGCUCUCUUCCUUAUCCACCCGUCUCGCCAAUUUUCGUCACUGUGCUUUUAGACCACUCCCUCGAGCUCGAAACUCCCUCACUAUCUCUUGCUCUGUUGCACCAAACCAAGUUGAAGCUCCAGUAGCAGUGAAAAAUGAGGAACCCAAGAACAAGACCGAGUGCUAUGGUGUGUUCUGUCUCACUUAUGAUCUCAAGGCUGAAGAAGAGACAAAAUCCUGGAAGAAAUUAAUUAAUAUUGCUGUCUCAGGUGCUGCUGGGAUGAUUUCAAAUCAUCUGCUUUUCAAACUUGCAUCUGGUGAGGUUUUUGGUCCAGAUCAACCUGUUGCAUUGAAACUUUUGGGAUCUGAAAGGUCGUUCCAAGCUCUUGAAGGUGUCGCUAUGGAAUUGGAGGAUUCCUUGUUUCCUUUGUUGAGGGAGGUAAGUAUAAGUAUUGAUCCAUAUGAAGUGUUUCAAGAUGUAGAGUGGGCCCUACUAAUAGGAGCAAAGCCUCGAGGGCCUGGAAUGGAACGAGCUGGUUUACUGGACAUAAAUGGGCAGAUUUUUGCUGAGCAGGGAAAGGCUCUCAAUGCUGUUGCAUCCCGUAAUGUCAAAGUGAUAGUUGUGGGCAACCCCUGCAAUACCAAUGCAUUAAUUUGUAUGAAAAAUGCUCCAAAUAUACCUGCAAAAAAUUUUCAUGCUUUGACUCGGUUAGAUGAGAAUAGGGCAAAAUGUCAGUUGGCCCUCAAAGCAGGUGUCUUCUAUGAUAAAGUGUCAAAUAUGACCAUCUGGGGAAACCACUCUACCACUCAGGUUCCAGACUUUUUAAAUGCUAGAAUCAAUGGAUUUCCUGUGAAAGAGGUUAUAAGGGAUCAAAAGUGGUUAGAGGAGGAGUUCACGGAAAAGGUCCAGAAGAGAGGUGGUGUGUUGAUUAAAAAAUGGGGAAGAUCUUCAGCUGCAUCAACUUCUGUGUCAAUUGUUGAUGCAAUACGGUCCUUAAUUACUCCUACCCCUGAGGGUGAUUGGUUUUCAUCAGGAGUUUACACCACUGGAAAUCCUUAUGGAAUUGCAGAGGAUAUUGUUUUCAGUAUGCCAUGCAGAUCAAAAGGAGAUGGUGAUUAUGAGCUUGUCAAGGAUGUAAUAUUUGAUGACUACCUUCUUGAGCGAAUCACCAGGACUGAAGCUGAACUGCUAGCUGAGAAGAGAUGUGUGGCACACCUUAUAGGGGAGGGCAUCGCUUUCUGUGAUCUACCUGAGGAUACAAUGCUUCCUGGAGAGAUGUAACGCUCAUCAUCAGACUGCUCUUUUAUCUGAAGAAUUCAUGCGACAGCCAGCUACCACAAUGAGCUGUGAGGAGGGUUAACAGAUAUAUGGAAAAUUAAAAUUAUACUGUUAUUUAAUGUAGAAUGUUUUCAAAAAUAAUUUCCCAUUUGGUAGCAAAGAGUCAAUGUUACUUACCCAAAAUAAAAAAUAUAUAUAUAUAUAUAUUAAGUCACUGUUGAGCCAUUUGUUGAAUUUUGAAAUCAUGUCUUUUGCGGUAAGCAUGGGGCUUUCACGUUAAAUGCAUAUUCCUUGCUUUGCUCGGGUGAGCGGUUCUCAGCUAAACCAUCUAUAUGUACUUGUGUUGUAAUUUUGUUGAAGUGCUUUAAUAAGCUAAUCUUGUAUCGUUUGGGUGCUGUA